AAAACUUUUCUUUCACCCGGCUGGCUUUGAUUUUCUUUGUAGCCAUGUGACUUCCCUGCUAUCCUCUGUUUUCACUGUAAAAUCCGCUCAAACUUUUCAUUUUUAUUUUAUUAUUUUUCAUUCUUACAUGCAAAAUUUUAGAUCUUUUUUUUUUUUAUUUGUUCAAAUUUGUGUGAAAGAUUAAGAAUUGAAGGACCAACAAACCCACAUCUUCCAUCGCUCUAUCGUCGUCUUCACUUCUCCACAAACCAGAAACUGAAAGGCCCAUCUCACCUGUGACCUUAACCUAUCACCUUCCGAAAGAAAAGUCUUUUAUCUUUACGAGUUUUAAAUGAAAUGGAGGAGCUCAAAAGACCCAUCAAGAGGCGAGGCUUCUAUGUCAAAAUGAGGUUACUGCAUAAACAUGGGAGGCAACAGGAGAAAAACGUAUGCUUCAAAUAUUACAAAUGGGUUCUUUGGUUUUCUUUAACUCUUUACUUCUUCACGUCUUACUUCAUCAGCCACAAGCCUAUACCUUUAUCUAAAACUCAUUUUGCUAACUCAAAAUCCAACCUUCCUUCUCGUGCUCUCGUUGAAUCGAUCAAUACAUCGUUUCGACAGCAACCAAAGAACAGUAAUAAAGGGGCAUUGAACGAUUUGAAGAUAUAUAUUUACGAGUUGCCAUCAAAAUACAAUACAGAUUGGCUAUCAAAUGAACGGUGCAGCAACCACUUGUUUGCUUCGGAGGUAGCAAUCCAUAAAGCACUCUUAAACAGCGAUGUACGAACAUUUGACCCAUAUGAAGCGGACUUCUUCUUUGUGCCCGUUUAUGUAUCCUGCAAUUUUAGCACCGUUAAUGGGUUCCCUGCCAUUGGUCACGCUCGCUCUCUCAUAUCCUCCGCUAUCCAUUUCAUCUCAUCUCACUACCCAUUUUGGAACCGGACUCAAGGCUUCGAUCACGUCUUCGUCGCUUCCCACGAUUAUGGCGCCUGUUUCCAUACCAUGGAAGAUAAAGCAAUUGCUGAUGGAAUACCAGAGUAUUUGAAGAAAUCUAUAAUAUUGCAGACGUUUGGUGUUAAGUAUAAACACCCAUGUCAAGAGGUUGAAAAUGUUGUAAUCCCACCAUAUGUUUCGCCGGGAAGUGUACAGAAAACUCUUGAGAAAGCGCCAAUGACCGGGCGACGUGAUAUUUGGGUCUUCUUCAGGGGUAAAAUGGAAGUUCAUCCCAAGAACAUCAGUGGGCGUUUUUACAGCAAGAAGGUAAGGACGGUCAUAUGGAGAAAAUAUAAUAAUGACCGGAGGUUUUCUUUAGAAAGGCAUAGAUUUAUCGGUUACCAGUCAGAAAUUGUACGGUCAGUGUUCUGUUUGUGCCCACUGGGAUGGGCUCCGUGGAGUCCGAGGCUGGUUGAAUCGGUUGUAUUAGGAUGUGUGCCGGUAAUAAUAGCGGAUGGCAUCCAGUUGCCCUUCUCCGAUGCCGUUAACUGGGCGGAGAUCUCGUUAACUGUGGCUGAAAAGGACGUGGCACGCUUGGGAACGAUUCUUGAACGCGUAGCUGCGACCAAUUUAAGUAAUAUUCAAAAUAACUUGUGGGACCCGAAUGUCAGGCGGGCCCUACUUUUCAAUGACCAGGUCCAGGAAGGAGAUGCUACGUGGCAGGUUCUUUAUGCUUUGUCUCAGAAGCUAGAUAGAUCGUACAGAAGGUCAAGGGUUUCUACCCAAUAGGAGUCGUACACGUAGGAUAAGAUUAUUGAAGAAUGGAGUUGCCAGCUAAGGUACGCUUCUCCCCACGUGGAUGGAAAAUAAUGGAGGACAGCUGGUUAUGUAUGUUAGAGCAGAGGGACGAGAAUUUUAAUACGGCGUGGUGGGGACCAGUGUGAUCGGAGGUUAGAUUUUUUGGGAGAUAGGUUGGCAUGACGUGGCGUGGAUGCUAGUGCGGUCAAUACGAGAAAACAUUGCACAGCUGCCUUGUAAAUGUGGAAAAUAAUUUUUUCGAUUAUUUUUUUAAAAUAAAAAAUGAAUUUAUAAGUUAAUUACUAAUACAAUAAUACAAAUAGCUGGCUCUGAAAAGGUUACUUUUUUGCUA